AUGGAGAAUAAGCGCGAGGAGUUAGAGAAUAAGCGGGCGGAGUUAGAGAAUGCACACAACUCAACCCGUGAAGAGUUGAACCAAAUGAAGAAAACCAUGAAGGCGAACUUCUCUGGACUAUUUGAGAGGAAGUUGUCUGUUGGAAUUUCUCCAGGGAUGCCAAUGGCAAAGGUGGAUGCUUCUUCGGAUUGA